CCUCGACCCUCUCUCUCUCUCUCUCUCUUUCUCCGUCUGGCUUGCUGGCUGUCUCUUUCGCUACCUACCAUCUCGUCCCCAUCCCUUUUGCCUGGUCCAUCGAUCCUUUCUUACGUUGCAAUGGCCCAGGAAGAAGAUCCCCUCAUCCAGGCUCUGCCUCCUGCGACCGACUACCUCACCUACCUCACCCUCCUCGAGUACCAGCUCACCCCCGCCCGCCUACCCACCCUCCACAAGCUCCUCCAGGAUGAGGUGCUCACAACCAACAUUGGCUGGGACCUGGUGCAGCUGUUGCUGCCCAUGCUGCCUCAAUCCAUCGAUUGCCUACACGAUAUCGCCCGAUUGGGAAACCCGAGGGAGGUGAUUUUGCGAGUUUCGGAUGCGCUCAUGCAGCUACAACCCGUGGAUGAGGACGAGGACGAGGACAGUGAGGAUGAUAGUGCUGAGCCUGCUGGGCCAGGGAGUUCUGGUCAAUCGGGGGAGGCGUCACAGAAUGCUACGGGCAGUGGAGAUAGUCCAUCCGCUUUGCCGCGCCAUGUCGUACAGUUCAAUACGCUGGUCGCCAUGCUGUCGGUUCUUCACUCCCGCAUCCAAACCAAAUCUCCCAGUCGGUUUCUUGCGACGUCGCUGCAAGCCGUACUAGAAGCUUAUACCCUCAUGCCCACGAGUGAGACAACAAUUGCGCUGCUAGAGUUCUUCAGAACUGUGUCGCCGUCAAAGAGACCAGCACCGCCUCCUAGAGUGCCCAGUGAGUCGAGCGUACUGCGUCUGGCGGAAGCAGCAGCACCCGACCCGGAAGCAGAGGUUCAGUCGCCGUCUCCAGCAAGUGACCAGGAGCCAGUGCUGGUCCAGAAAUUCUUGCAAUUUGGCCUGAUUGAGGUGCUCAAAUCAUACCUGUUGAGCUUCUCUGGUCCCUCGGACCCGGGAAUGUCUUGGGCUAUCAGGUUGCAAGAGAAGCUCCAGCCCGGGAUGCGAUUGAUCAAACAGGAAACUCAGAGUGAUCUCUUCGCAACUCACAAGGAGCUGAAAGAGAGGGACAUGAUCAUUGCAAAAAUCACGGCCCUAUCUCGAGAUUUUGGUCUCAAUGAUAAGAAGCUUCUUGAGAUUGUCCUCCAGUCUCCGGGUGACCAGCCUCUCCCUCUUGACUUUGAAGAGCCCCCCCGAAAGGCGGAUGAGAUUCCAUUAGAACGACAUGGAUCUCUGCUUCUGCUCGCGGCCCGGGCGGCCACUGCAGAGCUGUUCUCGUCUGGCCAAGUCACUCCUAUCGCCAUUUACCCCAACCUGACACGAAUCUUCCAAAACUUCGUCGGAGGGUAUAACUCGCCGGACGAUGUGGCAUUCGGACAGCCCCAAGUGCUGCUGGACUCGCUGCUUACUCUGACUGUCUUUUCCAUGCAACAAACGAACGACCCAAUCCCCAGCGAAAAAGAGUUUAUCAAAUUUGUUCUGACUUUGACCGCUUGCACGGCGCGCCAGAACUACAGCUCCGUGCGACGGAUUCCCGGAACAAUCAUCCAGAAACACCCGUCGCAGGUCUCACAAUUCAAACUGAUCCGAACCGUCUUGGAAGACGAUCGCUUCCAGUCGGUCAAGGACAGUGCAAUUGGAUGGCUAAAGACGGGGAUUCUCGAGGCAGCAAAUUCAUCCGAACGGGGCACUCCGUCGGAGCCCAGCAUCUUUCUCAACCCGCACUACCUCUCGGUGCUGUUCCCAUCGCUCUUCAACUCCUCCGAGUUACUCAUGAACGUGUCCUCCGACCUUGUGGCUUCAUGGAUCAAGUUCUCGCAGACUCUCUCUCCAUCUAUCCACGCGGCCCUCAGCCUAUACUACACCCUCGUGUCAUCGUCGAACCUGCGCAAGCAGCUCCAGCUCGAAAAGACGUAUGUCUACUUCCGCAACCGGUUCCUAGAGCCGCUCAAGUCCCUCUGCCAUGCGUUCGAAGCGGACUUGGUGCGGAACGGCGGCGAUGGCAAGAUCGAAGGCGCGGUCGGCGAGAGUCUGAGCCAGGUCGGGAUGGCGCGAUCAGUCGGCCUAGUGUCGUACAUGCUAGAGCAGGUCGAAGACGCGGUCGGUGAGGCUUUUGUGUUGCAAGACUCGGAGCUGCCGGAGCCGAGCGCAGAUGACAUCGCACGAGUGGACAUGAUCCGGAUGGAGACGUCCCCUUAAACUCAACUGUAAAUAGAAAUGCCACGGCCUGAGUGUUCAAUGUGCAGGCCUAUUGAUACCUCUGCGAAUGACUUUUAUGAGCUGGAGUGGGUAAUAUUUUUGUCGAUCUGUAUGCUAUCUGCUGUAUUGGACUAACACAAAUGAAGUACACGGUAAUUCUAGACUCGUUGUGCCGCCAUUCAACUAUUACCCAUAUAUAGGAAAUCCUAG